AUGGCAAGACAGCACAUUCCGCUUUCAAAUUACCUUUGGAUCUUUAGACUAACGAACGCCCAGGAGACACGUUUUAUUGUUUGGGAUGAAUCAACAACGGCGAAUAAAGGUGGUCCUGAGGCACUUGAUAGAACGCUGAGGGAUUUGAAAAAUAAUGAUCGCCCAAUGGGCGGAGUUGUUAUUCUUUUUGCUGGUGACUUUAGACAAAUAUUGCCAGUUGUGCCUAAAGGCACUAAAAGUGAUGAAAUCAAGGCCUGUCUAAAGUCAUCUUAUCUUUGGUCUUACAUAACAUCUUUGAGAUUAACAACCAAUAUGCGUAAUGAUAAGGAUAGCAUAAUACACAUAAAUUCUACAUUUGCAAUUUCGGUUCUUGAUCAAAAUAACUUAAUCAACAAAGUUUAUCCUGAAAUUUCUCAUCUUUCCAAUAAAUCCAAUGAAUGGCUCCGUGAACGUGCAAUUUUGGCCCCUAAAAACGACAUCGUCAACAUCAUAAACGAAAAAGUUCUUUCCAUGUUCGAAGCUGAUAAAAAAAACUAUAUUUCCAUAGAUACACUUACUAAUCAAGAUGAAGCUAUAGAUAUCCCGACUGAAUUUCUUAACUCAUUAAAUCCAUCAGAUCUCCCCUCACACAAACUUGAUUUAAAAAUCGGUGCGCCUAUUAUUCUCAUGCGAAAUUUAAAUGCUCCCAAAUUGUGCAAUGGAACCAGAUUAAAAAUAUUAUCUUUGAAAAAAAACCUUAUUGAAGCUGAAAUUCUUACCGGCUCAGCGAGUGGUCAAAUGGUAUAUAUCCCAAGAAUACCAAUGAUAACAAACGAGUACCCCUUCGAAUUUAAACGUGUCCAAUUUCCAGUUAAACUUUGUUUUGCUAUGUCAAUUAAUAAGGCACAAGGACAGACAAUGAAAGUUGCAGGAAUUGACAUCAGCGAUCCAUGCUUCACUCACGGACAAUUUUAUGUUGCCUGCUCCCGUGUAAGCUCAGAAAAAAACUUAUACAUUUAUGCCCCUGGUGAAAAAACUAAUAAUAUAGUUUAUAAAGACAUAUUGGUUAAUCGGUAG